AUUGGAGAGGGCUGAGCUCAGUCACCGAGUCACGGCCUUUGUGAAAUCCUGCUCGCAAGCAGAAUGAGCAGACAUGGUUCCUUAGGUUUACUACUUUGUCUCACACUACGAGAGGGUCAUUCAUUGGCAGAGGUGUAUUUGCGGCGGGCCAGGAGAUUGUCAGAAAUGGAGGAGGGGGCACUAGACCCAAGGAAGUGCCCGGACAAAGCCGGGAGGAGAGGAGAGCCGACGGGGAGGAGGUGCCGAGAGCAUCAGCAGGGCUGCUUGGUGGCACGAAGACGCCCGCGGGGACUGGAGAGGUCUGCUAGGGCCAGGCUACUCAGCUACGGAGGGCCACCUCCCCUCCAGGGACGUGAGCAUCUAGCUGCACUGAUUUGUUGUUCAGGAACAGGAAAUGAAACCCCGCAGCUUUGAACACAAUAACCCACGCCAGCCUCAGGCUCAUGAAUAUUCAGCAGGCUGCUAGCGCCUUGCAACCCCGCCUCCGUCCCCCUCUGCGGAGACUGCGUAUGCGUCGCCGGCGCGCGGCUGUGUCGUCAUAGUUGCGCGCCGCCGCCGCCGCCGCUCGCUGGGGAAACUGGAAGGCUGCCAUGGCUAGCCCAGCCGCCUCCUCGGUGCGACCGCCGAGACCCAAAAAAGAGCCGCAGACGCUCGUCAUUCCCAAGAAUGCGGCGGAGGAGCAGAAGCUCAAGCUGGAGCGGCUCAUGAAGAACCCGGACAAAGCAGUUCCAAUUCCAGAGAAAAUGAGUGAAUGGGCACCUCGACCUCCCCCAGAAUUUGUCCGAGAUGUCAUGGGUUCAAGUGCUGGGGCCGGCAGUGGAGAGUUCCACGUGUACAGACAUCUGCGCCGGAGAGAAUACCAGCGACAGGACUACAUGGAUGCCAUGGCUGAGAAGCAAAAAUUGGAUGCAGAGUUUCAGAAAAGACUGGAAAAGAAUAAAAUUGCUGCAGAGGAGCAGACCGCAAAGCGCCGGAAGAAGCGCCAGAAGUUAAAAGAGAAGAAAUUACUGGCAAAGAAGAUGAAACUUGAACAGAAGAAACAAGAAGGACCCGGUCAGCCCAAGGAGCAGGGGUCCAGCAGCUCUGCGGAGGCAUCUGGAACAGAAGAGGAGGAGGAAGUGCCCAGUUUCACCAUGGGGCGAUGACAAUGUUUGCCACAGCCUCUGCCUGGAACCUGGCUCGUGCUAUGACCAGAAGGGAAAGGCAGCUGUUUGGCUCUUUCUCCCCCGCAAGGACCCGCUGACCCGCUGGAUGGAGAGCAAAGGAGACCCCUCCCAAGCCGCUCGCAGUCCUGCAUUUGGCAGGGUUGGGAGCCUGAGGGGCCAUCUCCCUGACACUCAGAGGCACUGCCUUGCAGACGCCAUCAGUGUUCCUGGUAAAAGGGGACAGAGAGCCUCACCUUGCCACAUAUUUGAACAGUGAUGAGUUUGGGGCUGGUUUCUGGGAAGGGAACGUUUAUUUAGUAAAGAGCAGAACACCCUUGCGUUUUGUUGGGACAUGUGGACCGUGAGUCACAAACACUCUGGAGAAGGCUGAGAUGCCACCAUUCCCACGGGGACUGAAGACACAUUACGUGGACCUGGUCCCAGGCUCAGUGAGGAGAUGGCCUCGGCUGUGGGGCUGGUCCAUGUUGCCCACUCACUCCAGUGGGAAGUGGGGACCACGCCACAGAGGGUCUGCUCCCACUGCAGCUCCCGGUGCUCUGGUGUUCUGGGAAGCCCUGGGUGUGUGCACAAGGAGGCCCGGGCCAGGGGCUUCACCAGGGGCUGGGGCACAAUGGCACAGGGUGUGUGGGAAGUGCUGUGGGGGAAGAGCUGGUCACCGGAGAGUGAGCAGGCGGAGACUUCAAGCUGAGCUGAGCCAGAGCAGAAGGCGAGGGAUUCCCAGCCGGACCAGGGUUCUCACCGACAGCUGCAUUUUCAUCCCAAAGCGGAAGGGGGUCUAAACAGAACGGGCUGAGAGAGGCGGGACUGGGUCAAGUGGGUGGAGCUCCUCCUUGCAUGACUGCAACCGUCAGGGCUUUCAGCUGGCUCACAGCAGUUGGGGCCAGUGGAGAGAAGAGAGGCAGAACUGCUGUGUCCUCAGGUGGCGCAGCCCCAGACUGGCAUCGAGGCACUAGGCCCGUGCAGAGAAGGCACCUGCAGAGAGCAGGGCAGCCUGGCACAGGGGCGUGCGCCUGGAAUCCCAGCUACUCGGAAGGCCAAGGCAGGAGGACCGCUUGAGUCCAGGGAUUCAAGGCCAACCUGGGCCAUAGAGCGAGACGCUGUCUCUUAAAAAACGAUGAUGAUGAUGAACACAGAGGAUGGGGCACUGUGCUGGGAGCCAGGGGACCUGGGAGGAGCUGAGACCAGCCUUUUACCUCGGGGUUUUGAGGCAAACAGGGACGACAGAGACGGUUUCUAGUUAGAGCCUUGGCUCCAUUUUUGGAUGAUUUAGCCCCGAGUUCCUGUGUCUAUUUUAUGCCCCUUACAUACUUUGAUAGAACUGAGGAAAUAGUGGUUUUGAGUGAAGGGAAAGGAAACCCAGAAACAUUUUACGUUGCUUUUACUUCUGUAGUGUAGAUUUCCCCGGCCCCUCUCUGAGCCCUGUAGCAUCUGUGAUAGCUUCUGUCCCUUCAUCGGUUCGUGUCACAGGGAUUUUCUUUCCCAGGAAGCGGACACGGAGAGUUAUCCCUAAUAAAUGAGCACAUGCCCUGGCUGUA